AUGCCGAUUGAUCGUUAUGAUUUCUCAGGUAAUCGGCUCAUAUUGAUAGCUGUUUUAUGGUUACCUCUACUGCUUGCUCUUCACCUCUGUAUUUAUGAUUACUUCUCCAAAACGAGAAGUUCUGGUUUAAGGCCAUGUGCACAAAAUCAUUACAAUGGAAGCAGAUACACAGAGGGAAAGAUAAACUGGAUCCUUGAACAAACUUUUCGUCUUCGUGGAAUGUUUAAUUACAGCAGGCUGGAACGUUCCAUUUCAACAACAGGUGCCUACCGACUUGGUUAUGCUCAUGAGAUUCUUCGACGAAGAGCGAUGAAUUAUGUGAAUGAAAUGAAUCAUGCUUUAAGCGGUCUGUUCGACGUCAUACACAGGUUACAAGAACGUAUUCCAAAGAAUGUACACAAUGAGCGUCUUUCAUUAGUGAAAUUUCAACAGCAGAUGAAUGAAUUACUGUCCCACUUACAAGUUAACCUGAAUGAAAUGGGUCAAGUGGAUGGAUUUCUGGGAAGUAGAAUUACUGGCCUAAGUGAACUUUCUGAAUGGAUACAGAAGAAAAUCCGACAGUUUCAGAAUCCAGUGGACUGUAGAAUAGCCAAGUAUGUGACAUUCGAUUUUACAAAUUUAUGUGGAUUUGGUUGUUCUGUUCAUCAACUAACAUUCUGCUUACAAAUGGCAUUUAAAAAUGGACGUGUCUUGGUGAUGAAGAAACAUCCUCUUGGUGAUAUCUUCCGAGAAUGGCUUCAACAGAAUGUUCUGCCACUGUCUGACAAAUGCAGUCAUCAAGACUCUGAUAACAGAAAAGAUAAUAUUGCAUGUCCUAUGAGAGGGUAUGGUGCUGAGCAACAUAAGUGGAUUCCGGAACCACUUCCAAAUGAUAUAGCGAAGAAAUUGAUGCUCUAUCAUGAAGCACCAUAUGCUUGGUUUGCCGGUCAACUAGCCUCCUACAUUUUACGACCAAAAGCUAAUCUAUCCAAAAUGAUAAAUCAAACGCUAAAUACAUUUAAAAAGAAGCAUCAUCCAGUUGUUGGUGUGCAUGUGAGGCGGACUGACAAACUGAUAUGGGAAGCCAAAUUUCACGAGUUAACAGAAUACAUGGAACAUGUUGAAAAUUACUACCACUCAGUAUACAAUUCUCUCCUACUGCAGCACAACAGGGUGAAUAAUUCAAAUCGUUACGCCGACCAACACAUCACAGCAGCUACUGAAAGUGGAUAUAAUGAAAAGAUCAUUCGUAGUGUUUAUUUGUCUACAGAUGACCCCAUACUCUUUGAACAGCUUGCCAAAAACUAUUCAAAUUACAAUGUAUAUGGAAGUCGACAUAGAUCACAGACCGCUAUUACUCAAUCUCGUGGAAGUCUUGACUCCUUGAAAGAAGUAUUUAUCGACGUAAUUGCGUUGUCGCAAACAGACUUCCUAGUCUGUACAUUUUCAUCGAAUCUAUGUCGUUUGGGGUAUGAACUAAUGCAGACACGUCAUGAAGACUUAGGUGAUGCAACACAAUUAGUCAGAUCUCUUGAUUAUAUGCACCAAAUGGAAGACUAUUCAGGGAUCAAAUUCGAUGUUCUCAUACCAGAUAUCGAAACAAAAUUGAACUAUGGUGAUCUAGUUAGUCUGGGCAGAUCUCACUGGCCAGGUCAUGCAGCUAUCCACCUUCUAAUUCGCAAUGGUGUUCGGGAUAAGAAAAUAGAGAAAGGGGUUCCGACUGCCAAGAAAACCCAGUCGCAGAUUCUGCCUACAUACAAAUUUAGACCACAGAUGACGAUGAGCAAUUUUAGCUGGACAUAGUUUCGAAUUUGUUGUCAUCAUCGAAUGAAAUGUCAACUUAUGACAACUUGUGUGUUUAUGUGCAAUAAUUUUAAUUUCUAUGCAGUCUCAUAUACUGCUAUGUUCAUUACAAAACUAUUUCUCGUUAAAAGUCCGUUACUGUAUUUCUCUGUGUGAAUAAACC